AUGCGGGCGUACUAUAGGGCGAAAGGGGAAGAAACUGCGGGGAUAGCGUAUCGGGCUCGGAUGCAUUGCUUUUUUGCUGAGCUGGAGCCGUCUAUCCCCGUCACGAAACAAAACCUGGCAGACCGAGUUCGGUACAUCAUGCGCUCGAAAAUAUUCGAUGAUGCCGAGCUCGAACGACUACGACGUGAGGCCAUUCCCUCAUCGAAUGAAUUGGCUACGGCUGGGGAUGAGGCUCCUCAGGCGACAGACCAGCUGCCACGAGUAGAAGCCGCCAUGGAUCUUCCAGUUGUGGGUGAUUCAGACGAUGAUGAAAUGGUCUCCCACGAACUAGAGCAAAUGAGGAGUAUAUUGGAAGAGGCGAUUUUAGAAACGCGCAGCAUGCCUCUCGAAAAUCGACCGCGACUUCCCCCGCAUACCCCUAAGCAAGCGAAAUCGGGCUGUCGUGAGGGCUCUUAA